GCUGCGGAGUGUGGGGCGCCCAGGAAGCUGAACGUCGGCUUGGGUGCGGGGCGCUUUCUCAGAAGGUGUCACUGGGAGGAACCAAAGCCUUUUGAGGUUGGAGUGAUUUUUCUUUGGUGCUGUUGGAUGUUGACUGUUCCCAAAAGGAGCAAGCCGGGUUUGCUGUUUUGGUGAAACCGCGCUUCCUUGGAUCCAGAACCCUAGACCUUCGCGGCCUACAGCUUGGAGGCUCACUUGCUAAACUUCCCUUUUCGUGCCUCUUCUCCAGCCCACCUUUGAGAAAAGAUGGUGAGAGAAACAGAAUACUAUGACCUGCUGGGGGUCAAGCCCUACGCCACCAUGGACGAGCUCAAGCGGGCAUACCGGCGGCUGGCCCUGCGGUACCAUCCGGACAAGAACCCCAGUGAAGGGGAGCGGUUCAAACAGAUCUCGCAGGCCUACGAGGUGCUGUCGGACCCGCAGAAAAGAUCGGUCUACGACCGUGGUGGGGACAGGGCCAUGAAGGAAGGGGGGGCCUCGGGCAGGGCUGGGUUCAGGCCCCCCAUGGACAUCUUCAACCUCUUCUUUGGCGGAGCAUCUUCCACCCACGGACCCCGGGUGGAACGGAAAGGCAGGACAGCUUUCCAUCACUUGUUCGUCACCUUGGAGGAGCUGUAUAAAGGCACCACUCGAAAGAUCUCCAUCCAGAAGAAUGUCAUCUGCAAAACCUGUGGUGGCCGUGGAGGCAGAGAAGGGCAUGACCUGAGGUGCCCCAAGUGCCACGGGUCUGGCGUGGAGGUGAUUCUUCACCGGCUCGGCCCAAACAUGAUGCACCAAGUCCAGGCGGUGUGCUCGCAGUGCUUUGGCCAAGGGGAAUGGAUGCAGCCCUUGGAUCGUUGCCUGACUUGCAACGGAAGGAAAGUCAUGCGAGAGAAGAAGAUCCUGGACAUCUGUAUAGAAAAAGGUAUGGCAGACAGGCAAAAGAUCACCUUCCCCAAGGAGGGUGACCAGGUUCCCGGCCUACAUCCUGGAGACGUGGUUGUCGUUCUGGACCAGAAGCAUCACCCAAUCUUCCAGCGCCAGGGCAAUGACCUUGUGAUCAAGCGAGAGGUGACCUUGAUGGACGCUCUCUGCGGCUGCAAGCUGGUCAUCCAGACCCUGGACGGCAGGCGCAUCCUCCUUUUCUCACGGACAGGAACCAUCAUCAAACCAGGGGACAGGAAGUGUGUUCCCAAUGAAGGGAUGCCUAUCCACCACUGCCCCACCCAGAAGGGGAAGCUGAUCAUUGAAUUCCAGGUGAGGUUUCCGGAGCCCGGCUGGCUGCCGCCCCACCAACUGCGCCACUUGCAGACCUUCUUUCCGCCCCGCGAGGAGGUCGUGGCCACGGAAGACAUGGAGGAGGCAGAGCUGCGCGAGUGUUACUCUCAGCCGGAGUUCGGCAACAGGCGCUUCCCUAGCGAGGCCUACCACGAGGAUCACAGCGACGACCCCCUGCGGCACAACGUCCAGUGCCAGACUUCAUAG